UAGGUAUCUACCUAGUUAUUACCACAAGGGAAACUAAAUAACCAAGUGUAAAACUUAGAAUAAGUAUGGGCCUAAAAAAAAAGACAGGCCCGAACCGCGAUUCGAACGCGGGGCCUCCUGCAUUUAAGAUUUGGGAUCCCAAAGCAGGAAUCAUACCACUAGACCAUCCGGGCAUUGAUGAUGUAAGUGUUUGCUCUAUCAGGCAAUACAAGAGAGGUUUGCAGAUGUUAUGUGGCAUAUGAAAAAAAAGAACAGGCCCGAACCGCGAUUCGAACGCGGGGCCUCCUGCAUUUAAGACUUGGGAUCCCAAAGCAGGAAUCAUACCAC